AUGUCGUCGACUCCUGAUCAGCUCGAGCUGGAUCUCCAUGGCGAGGAAAAGUCUCUGCCUCUCCCACGUCUAAAGCUCAACGACGGCAAUGAGAUCCCAAUGCUAGCGUAUGGACUAGGGACUGCCGACUUCAAGGAAAACGGCAUGCCAGUUAAUCAAAUCAUUGUUAAAUUGACCACUCAAGCCAUAAAAGCCGGUUUCAGACAUCUGGACAGUGCUGAAGUCGAUGGGAAUGAAGAAGAGUUAGGCCUUGCCAUCAACUCUGCUGGUGUUCCCAGAGAGACCCUCUAUAUCGUCACCAAACUUUUCAACUUCCAUACCAACCCCAAGGAAGCGAUCGAAGCAUCUCUGAAACGCAUGGCGCUGGAAUAUGUUGACCUAUAUCUCAUCCACAGCCCCUUCCAUGCUGGUUCGAACAUUAAACUUCAAGAGACAUGGGCCGACUUUGAGGACAUAAAGAGAUCUGGAAAGGCGAGAUCAAUUGGCGUUUCCAACUUCUCCCAAAAGCACCUCGAAACUGUUCUCAAAACAGCCAUAAUUCCUCCUGCUAUCAAUCAGAUCAAACACCAUCCAUAUCUUCAACAAAAUGACCUUCUCGAGUUUCAUCGAAAGCAUCACAUUGCGGUUGCCGCCUACGGCACUUUGACUCCGCUCACUCAGACUAUUGACGGCCUUAUUCCAAGUAUUUGGAGUACUAUGGCCGCAAAAUACGGAGUCAGUGAGCCUGUCGUUGGCCUGCGCUGGGGUCUGGAACAGGACAUAGUCAUCAUCACAACCACUUCUCAGGAGCAGCGGAUGAAGGAAAUUGUUUCGCGUGUGACUACUUUUUCUCUGUCAGAGAAUGACUUGGAAGCGAUCAAUCAGGCUGGGCAGCAACAAGGUUUCAGGGGUUCCUAG